UUGUUGAAUUUUCAUCAUUGCAGGGAGUUAAUGGGAAAAAAACUGCUUAGAAAGACCUGGAUUAUAUCCUUUAAAUCAAUCUGUUUACAUCAAUGUACUGUCAGGUCAGCAGUGCAUGAUGUCGUGUUCAAACAUACCUCCAUGCUGUUGGCAGGCUGAGAGAGAAUGGAUGUGAUUUUGUCACUCCCAGAGACAUUGUGCAGCGGUGGACAUACCUGUUUUUCCUGCUCUACUGCCUCCCAGUCAGAUGUCACAUCAGUGCAGGAACUCAAAGGAGAGGCUGACAGCAUGUAAUCUUUAACUUAGAUUAACAAACCGAUGGUUGUACCAGCCCAGAGUUUUCUCCUUUUCUCCCACCCGGGACACUUAGAGCUGUUGGACGUGCCGUUGACGUAACUGCUUUGAUCACUUCUUAAGAUAAACAUGGGAACAGAUUUUGGUUAUAACUUUGUUUUCAAAGGUAAGAUGCUUUUUCUGAGUUGAUUAUCUAUCACCUUUUUCCAAAGAAUACCUUUACUUUGCUUAUGGUUUAAAAGUUGCUUUGUUUUAUACUAUACUCAGAUAUUAAAGAGAUAUACUCAUCAUUUGUAAUGGUUAUUGGUGAUAACACAAUGUAAUACAAUGUCAAAAAAUAACAUAAUGUCAAAAAAUAACAGUUGAGCUAUGUGAAUGUAGCUUUUAUCAGUGAGGAUGAUGUUUCCUGUUACAUGUGUCCUCCGUUUCUCUCAUGCUUUAGUUGUACUAAUUGGGGAAUCUGGAGUUGGAAAGAGCAACUUGCUAUCAAGAUUCACAAAAAAUGAGUUCAAUCACGACAGCCGCACAACCAUCGGUGUGGAGUUCAGUACUCGGACUGUUGAGAUGAACACGGUCUCCAUCAAAGCCCAGAUCUGGGACACUGCUGGACUGGAGCGUUACCGGGCAAUCACAUCAGCGUAUUACAGAGGGGCAGUGGGGGCUCUCCUUGUUUAUGACAUCACCAAGCACCUGACAUAUGAAAGCGUGGAGCGCUGGCUGAAGGAGCUGUACAACUACGCUGACCCUCACAUCGUUGUAAUGCUGGUAGGUAACAAGAGUGACCUGGCCUUCCAGCGCACGGUGCCUACAGAGGAAGCCAAACACUUUGCAGAGAGCAGAGACUUGCUUUUCAUGGAGACAUCAGCACUUGACUCCACCAACGUUGAAAGUGCCUUCAACGAGGUCCUAGCAGCUAUUCACAACAAAGUGGCCAGUAGGGAGGUCACACGGGGCUCUAUCUGUGCUGUAACCAUGGGCCACAUGGGGCCAGACAGCGAGGUCAAAGAAACCCGCAGGACCUGCUGUAAAAACCUCUGAGCAGGUGCACCAAUGCUGCCUCUUGGUACCAUAGUGAAUCCUAAAAACAGCCAUCAAAGUUUUUUUUUUUUUUUUUUACCAAGUGUGGUUUUGUGACCUUUGCACUGAUACUCCUGGAUUGUGAAUUAUGUAGAGUGUGCUAAUGUUAACCAUUAUAUUGGUAGCUGUGGUAUAAUGCUUUUUUAAUUUGCUCAUAAUUUGUCUGUAGCAACAGAAAGUCCUAGCCCUAUACACUAUACAAAAUAGCAAAUGGUAUAUCCCACAAAACAAUCUCACAAGAUGCUGCCUGUUCUGGGAUUUUGUUUAGUGGGCAGGACUUCUUUGUGGCUAGCUUUGUGCCAGGGUUCUGGUCAGGAUUAAUUUAAUCAUCCAAAGCACCUGCCAUGUCAUUCAUCUUAUAAGAUCCGAAGGUUUUGUUUCCCCCAGCAUGAUUCAUUCCUUGUGUUAAACUUGCUUUUUUUUACUGCACAUGAACAUGGGUCUUUUUCGUAACAGAUAUUGUAACUGAAAGGAUUUAUUUUUAUACUCAAGACAGUGAGUCAAGUAUCUUAGAAGGCAAACAUCAAAUGUUUACACCCUUUAUGUAUUUUUCCUAAAUUCUUAGUGCUAUAUUCGUGAACAAGAAACUUUGUUUCAUAAAUACACCAAAUGCCAUAUUUUCAACAAUAAAUGUGUCUCACUGUAUCAAAAAUGACCACAAACCUGUUUCUCUUACUGCACUAUUCAGGAACCUUUCCAGAUUGUCUCUGCCAAUUUACAUCAAUAUUCAUUUUGACUAAAAAGGUGUCUGAUGCCACAUCUAGUGAUCAGCAGUUUCCUGUCAUGCUAUGUUCUUUUGGCUUUAGGUUAGGCUUGUUUAAGCUGAGUUGUGACAUUCUGAGCCUUUGUUUCUUACAAGUGGCCACCAGCAGCUGGUUUUGCUUCCACACCCAAAGUCACUUUGGUGCCAAUAACCUCUUAAAGCAGGUGCAAACUAAAUGCAAUAGCUUUCACAACAAAAUGUAUUACGCUGCAUCAAUUAUUCAAAUUCUGUUUACUCUGGACUAUGUCAGCUCAAAAUUAAAUAAAAAAAAAAUUAAAGUUUUUUAAAAAGUAGA